AUGGAUGCCAACCCUCGCGCAAGCUCCAACGUGACCGUUGAAUAUACCGAUCCUUCCGGGCUCUUCCCCUCGAUUAAACCUCUUAUUCUAGAGACUUUGCCCCUCCGAAACCUUCACUGGAAGUCUCCCACCCGGCCUCUUCGUUCCAUUGACUCCCUCCAUGUCGACCUCAUCCCUGUAAAGAGCACACACCAGGAGCAGAGACGACCGAGUGAUGGAGCGAGUGGUUCAGUUCCCCACCGAAGGCAUCAGAUACCUGGCCUUCGCCAAACACCAUACUUGAAAAUAUAUAUCUUAUCUUGCGACGAUAAUGAUAUUUACAAGUCUACUACAAGGAAGGCGGUCCGGGAAUGGAUCAAGACACAUGGCACACCCCCACAAAGUAGCAGCUCAUCUGCUACACAGGAUAAUCACGAUGCGUUUGAGUGGCUUAUAAUACAUGUCGUUUCUGGCCACACGGAGGUGGCUGACAAAUCUGCGGCGGGGUCAAAAUGGCCCGGCAGAGGUUCUACUACGGUGCUGGAGAAAGUUAAAGCGGAUUUUGGUGGAUCAUCGAAGUCGUCUAUUGACCGUGUCGUACAAUUACGCAUCCCGAAGGCAGAAUCGGAUGAGCGACCUCCAGAGCUAGCCGACCAACUCGAGGACCUAGUUGCGAAAUUGAAAUCUUCGAUCCUCACGUCUUUUGAUCAUCGCGUUAGUCAAUAUGAAGAAGAUAUUCGGCUCAAGGACUCACAAAGAAACCUUCCUGGAUGGAAUUUUUGCACGUUCUUUAUUUUGAAAGAGGGGCUUGCGCGCGGAUUUGAACAUGUUGGUUUAUAUGCAGAUGCGCUGGUUGGAUACGAUGAGCUUGCAGUUGGAUUGGAUGCGGCUCUUCGUGACCAGUCUGUUGCUAAGGGUGACCAACAUGGCGGGACAUUUCUCAGUUGCACCAAGGAUGUGAGGGCGAAGGCUGAAAAGGCUCUAGGUUUGGUACCUAGCGAGGCCGAUAAUGAUGUUAGUAAAAAUACCGACGAUUCGUACGAAGAUGAAAGCGAGGGAAGCGAUGGAAAUGAUUAUUCUACCGUCAUUGCCGUGGGCGAAGAUCUCUUUCCUCUUGAUUCACACAAAAAACCGUACCGUGAAAUGAUCCUUGCCAAUAAUAUUUCAGUCUUCGAUUUUCGGGCAUACAUUUUUUCUCGACAGAUGAUGUUGCUAUUAAAAGCUGCUAGAGCUCCUUCAUUACGGGAUCAAACUAACGAAAAAUUAGCCAAAGAAGUUGAGGAUUUAACACUUCUUGCAGAAAUAUGUGAUCGGGCAAGCGAGUUUAUUAGUGUUGGGUCGCGAACCUUGCGACACGAUCUGUAUGCUGGCCUCGACGAGCUAGAACAUGAUCGCGAUGAAUCCAGUGUAACGGAGGUUGUCAACAACAUAGUAUAUUCGUGGACAUAUUCCGCAAUUUCACAGGUACUAAUCCAAACCGCCACGGAUUCCCUCGAUAUCCCAAAGGCUUCCCUUCGAAAUACACGGGAUCUGGUGAAUGCGUCCGUGCUGGCAAAUUUUGUUGCGGAGACACGACCGGGCGUCCCGAAGCGGUCGAGCUCACUGACUGCCAAUACUCUGAUCAGCAGUCGACCUACUAGCCUGGACAUCAUGUCUCCAGGACUGUAUAGCGGAGCGCAGCCUAGAGCCCCGCUGGCUUCCUUAAGGUCGAGUGUUUCAGCCCAACUGAGGACCGGACAAUCUGAGCUUGCAUCUGCCCGUGGUGACUUAUUCCUUUACGCUCGCCGGACCUUGGAAAAUAUUGGACAACGGUGUGGUUGGUCGAAGAAGUGGCGGGACCUGGGAUUACUCUUCGAUGCACAGAACGAAGCUGCAACGGGAUUGAAGGACGUAUCUCUAGAUGGGGACGGAGAAACACAAGAAUUUACGACUGUGGACCAGGAAGUCACGCCGGUGCUAGGAGGGAUUGAAAAUCCGAAACUGAUAAGCUCUUGCAGAUCAGAAAAACAAUAUAACUCUUUGUAUGAAGGAUUAACCGAUCAGAUAUUUCGCCAUUACGUCGCAGCAAAUAGAACACGAUCUGCUGAGAUGGCAAUGGCCGAUAUUGCAGUGCUGAGAUACCGCGCAGGCGACUAUGGUACCGCAGCCUCGUACUUCCAUCAAAUGGCUCCGUUCUAUGCCAGCUGCCAUUGGGGGGUUCUGGAAGGGGUAAUGCUUGAACUGUACGGACGAUGUCUAAAGCAUCUUGGCCGAAAAGAUGACUACGUUCGGGUCCUUCUUAAGCUACUUGGAAAUUAUGCCGGGGUCGCACAGUCAGGGCAAAAGGCAGGGUCUUUUCGGAGCAAGAGAUUGAUCUCUGCAGCACCAUCAUCGUUUCCCCCCGUUGCCCGCACAUUGGUUUCCAACUACGUCAAUGAUCUAUUUGAGACAUCACAGGUCCUUUCCACCGACUUUUCUGUGCCACUCAAUGAAUUUUUCAGUGGCAUACAUAUCAACUCGACCAUCCAUCAUUUCGAGGAUAAGGAUGGGAUUCUCGUUGAUCUUUCCCUAAGAUUUCUUCUUGGAAAUAGUAUUGAAGCUGAUAGUGUAAAGAUGCGACUUGUUAACUCCACAGGUGUUCAUAGCAGCGAAAUCUGGUUAGAAAAUUUGGAUUCGGUCGUCGUAAAGUCGACUGUAUCGAAAAUCCCCCUCCACGCUUUCGUUUCAGUACAUGGAAAAUAUAUGGUGGAUUGCAUUGAGGUGCGAGUCAGAAAUAUUACGUUUGUCCAACAAUAUGGAUUACCAUCGUCAUUCUCUGCAGGGUUACAGCAACCUAACGCGGAUGAUUCCGACGACGAAGCUGAGCGCCCAUUUGUUUUCUGUUACCCUCCUGCCAGGGGACUUCAAGCAGAAGUUUCGCCUCCGUAUCGCAUUAACCUGAGUGAGCUACGAACAAUAGAAAUCGGACUAAAAAGUGGUUGGAACGAUAUACUCAAGGGCGCUCUACGAGUAAAACCCGCGACUGCUGGGCUCAGACUCCGCAUUACAGAAGUCAGCAUUGUAGAUGGCGACUUAAAGUUGGAAGGGAAUGCAGAAUCCGGCCAGAUUGAUUUCACGAGCUUUGGACCAAAUUCAUCCGCCAGAUUGAGUAUUCCGUACACCAUUGAGGACGAUCAAACGACGUUGUCUGCACGUUUGGAGGUCGUUUAUGAGACGGCUGAUUGCCAAUUCUCUUAUUUCUCUGCAACCUCGAUAAUCUCGACACUGCCAGUGAGCGUCAAUGUUCAAGAUAUAUUCAAAGACGACUCGCUAAUAUCAAGAUUCACGAUCAGCCCGGCCAUGGCCACACCCCUCCGGAUACUUAACUGCAAGAUCCCCAGCUCAGAGGUAUACGAGGUCCAACCCAGUAUUCAUCAUGGGCAAGUCCUUGAUUGUUUCCCUCGACAGUCGGCAUCGGUACUUUACAAAAUUACUCCCCGCGGAGAGAAAGCACUGGAAGCAGAUGCGUCAAAACGGUCUCUUGCACUGACUAUUGAUUUUACCUGUCUUGACGAGGAGUGCCUAAGCGUCAUUGAAAAUCGAUUUGUACAGGAUAUUUGCGCAAGUAAAUUUGCGCAACUAGCUCGGCUCCUGACACCUCAUCUUCUUGAAGCAUUCCGCUCAGAAUGGACUGCGAAUGACAUGGAAAUAAUUAGCCUCAUCAGGGAGAUCGAUAUAUUGUCAUAUGAGCGUGUCCAGUGGGAAACCGUGACCAACUCAUUGGGCGGGAAGCUCGGAAAGGAAGUUGUCUCGUGGCUCAAGGAAUGGCACACGCAACACACCACCCUAUCACUCCCGAACGACUCCGACAUGACCACCGCCACCAGCACCACCAUCCCCAACCGCCAGAUAAUUAUCCCUGUCGACGUCCCCAAUGUCCAAAUCGUUCACACGGCAAACUUCACCAUCCCCAAACCAGACGACCUCAUCCACGCAACGGUCGGGGAGAUGAUCCCCGCAACGCUAACCAUACGCCAUACCCGCCGCUGGUGCCCCGUACAGGCCCGGGAGCCAGAAGCGAGCCUCGAGUUCUCCUACGAGAUCCUCGUGAACCCGGACGUGUGGCUCGUGGGCGGGCGGCGCCGGGGCAAUUUCACCGCUAAGGAAGGCGAGACGCGGUCCUUCACCGUCAUGCUCCUCCCGCAGCGGCCGGGCCACCUAUUGCUGCCCGGGCUGGACAUUAAGACGUAUGUCACGCAGGCGUCGGCGGCCGAUCCGGAAUUGCCCUCAAGCGUUGUGCAGCGGAGGGCAGUUCCUUGCGAGGUUGAUUAUCUGAAUCAUGCCGAGACAGUGCUUGUGUCGCCGAAUUUGCGGAAGACCACGGUUAACCUGGACGUUUCUGGUGGUGCGGGUGGUGCGGGUGGUGGUGGUGGUGGUGGCGGCAGCGGCGGCGGGGGUUGUUGGCUGGUCGGGUCUGAACGGAGGGUUGGAGUCAUUGGUUGA